AUGGUAUCAACAAACACCGCCGAUGGAUUCACGGUCCCUAGCCCGAGGAGAUCUGCUCGUUUGGCGACCGUGGAGCCUUUGAGUCCACAAAAGAAGAAGCCGAUGAGUCCUACUGAGAAGAGAGCUCACGACUUGAGGAACACACCUUGCGAGGACAUGGAGUUGGACGUGGACGUUGCGGACAAGGAGAAUACGGCUGCGGUUGGGACGAACAAUAGUGCAGCUCGUGAGAUGGACUUGGAUGGACCUACUCAAAACCUGUCUGGGCAGGUUGGUCUCACCAACUUCCUGGGUGUAGGCACCCAGGAGGCCUGUGAAUUAGAGUUUGGGGAUAUCUCACCCUCAGACUUGAGUGCAGAGCACCUGGGCAUCCUGGCUCAGAUGGUCCAUGUGAACAACCAAAUUCAUAUCUCCCUUUCUGCUGGUUCUUCUUUGCAGUCAUCGACCCCGCUGCAACCGGGCUCUCCUCCGAAGACUCCCACUUUGCCGAAACAACCUAAGAGUCCCAAGAAGAGCAAGGGGAAACAGAAGGAAACGUCGCCGGCCCCUAGCGUAGAAAAUAGCAUUGGGUUCAGCCCUCUGUCUGAGUCUCACACUGACCAGCUGCCGGUGACCUCAACUCCGGCCGCUCACACUGGCAAGGUCAUGGGAUUCGACUUCAGCACCCUUGGCCAGUCAAAGAAGGCACUGCCCAGCGACUUGGAGGCUCUCGUCAACAAACUGGUCCCGAUGGAAACGUCUACAAAGGUCACUGGCUCCAUCAACAAGGAGGCUGCUCCAGUUGAGUCAAACUCCGCUCGUCAUCCGCCAGCCCCAGUAACUCGAAAAAAACAAGUCGACUUGUUUAUGCCUAAAUUCCUCUCAAAUCAGGUCCGCCACAAUCUUCCGUCAAAAACUCAGACGUUGGCUCAAUUGGACCGUGAAAUGAAAACGAUGCAACUUCCAGACGAGGCAGCAAUGGCUUUGAUGAAUGUGAAGGAACUCCAAAAGAUGAAGGAAUCUUUAAAAAAGGUCGCCGACGCACAAUUACUUGCUUUCAAGGAAAUGAAGAGUGCUAGUGGAAUGGUAGCUUUCCCUGGGGUGCUAGACGGUUUGAUGAAGAACGCUCGGUACAUCACACGCUUCAUGAACCAUCUCGAGGAUAAGGUAUUAGAGGCAUCACGCGACGGAAGACAGGAAAUUGAGGUCAUUGAAAUCUCAGACGGUGAGGGUGAAGAAGUGAGCAUCAUGCCACGUAGAAGGUCGGUUGCAGAACUCAAGGACUUCAUGAGGCCGGGAUUGGUUCGAUUGCCAUCACAUCUCAAUCCUCCAACAAAAAGAUCCGCCUCAUCAAGCUCGCUCAGUCAGAACAUGAAUAAGCGGGCUAAGUCUCAAGAUAUCCUCUUGGCUUCAGACUUGUCAAGCACUGGGAACUCGUACCUGGCGGACUUGGUGCCCCAGUUUGAACCUGGGGCUCAGAAAACGGUGACCCAAUUGGAAAUGGAACGUCGCGAAUUGGCUGCAAUUCAAGAGCAGGAAAUCAUCCAGGAAUCCAACGCUUCGACUCCGCCGCCCUACAACAAUUCAGCUAAGGGAUUCGCUGAUCCUUUAGCUGCAGCAAAGGCAGCUUUGCACAGGGACAGAAGGAGGGCUGCUGCUGAGGCUGCUCUGGCAGCUGAUCUCGCGGAAGCUGCUUCGAUUCCACCGCCACCAGUUCCGGCAUCCACUUUGACAACUAAUUCUGCCACAGUCCCUGCUUCUGGACCAGCUCAAUCUGUCGCACCAAUUCCAGCUAGUUCUCAGUCUGCUCCACCGGCCGCUGCCUCUGCCUCUCAAUCCACAGAUGCUCCAAGGGGCCCAGCCCAGUCCACUGCACCAACCCCUGCCGCCUCUCAGUCUGCUCCAGGCCAGACCACUACUGCUCAAGAACCAGCCCCUAGUCAGCCAGACAACUCUCAAAAGACGGCACCAGAGGCAGGCACCAAGAAGGGAAAGGGCAAAGGGAAAGGGAAGGAGGCUGUUCCAGAACAACCGCCAAAGAAACUUUGCAAGGACAUGACUGCAGAGGAAAAAAAAGCGGACGACGAGAGAAAGGAGAAGGCAAAGUCAUCUAAAAAAUUCUUUAGCAUUCCAACCACAGGAGCUCUCCUUUCAGGUAUUUGGGACAUGAGCAAGGUCAUGGCCUCGGCUGACCAGUACCAGCGAAUGAUUGACGAUUCAAAGUGCACUCGUUGGGACUUUGGACCGGAACUCUUGCUAAAGGUACGACAAAUGAUCGAAUGGUCGAAAAACGAUACUUAUCGGGAAUCAUUCUAUACGCGCAAGGACCUGUUCCAACUCGAAAGUUCAACAGUCCAAGUCCUCGGGGUGCUUUCGGGCAGGCAAUACAAAUCUUGUCUUCAUAAAGCGGUUAGGCUCUUUCAGGUCGAUGCAGAAGAUCCCUUCUGGAAACCUGCAGUGGUCAACUUCAAACUGCUGAAAGAGGGAUUCGAAUCGAAAGAAGAUGACAAGGCUCAUGCGUGGUCGGUCAUAGGGUCAAUGAUGUGCCGGAUGGACGAUUCUCACGAGUUUACACCAGAUGGGCCAACAUCAAAAUUGAUCUCCUAUGGACAAUCACGGCUGGCGACAUUGGCGGCCAAUUCGUACAACCAGCUGCACAAGUUUACUGUCAUGGGCGAACCACAAGCAGAAACUGGAAAUAAGGAGGACGACAUGCUAGCUUCGAUGUCUAAUGCCGGCAAGUACAUCAUUGGGAAAAUUAGGUGCCUCAAGGCAGGCGCGGCACAGACAACCGGGUCCAACUCACGUGCUGGGAACGGCUUCUUGGUAAUUCAAAGACGGAUCUGGGAAACACUUCUUUGUAUCCUCAUGAUGCAGCAGUCUCGUUUUCUGGAGGAAUGCGCAACACUGAAGGCAGGCCACAUUCGGGAAGAUGAGGUCGCCAAGCUGACAGAGGACAUGGUAGCCAACGACUGCGGACGAUCAAUCUUUGACAAAGGUGAUAUCACCACAGAAUUGACAGACAAGCAGAGAAAGGAUUGGGGUAAACUUCGACUCGGAGCGUUCGGUUCAAUGGCGGUUUAUUUUCUUUACGGCGCAGCUGGAUGGUGGCAUUGCCUCUAUAACAACAGUGCAUACAAUCAGAAGGAUGUUUGGUCUCUGGUAAUGCUCGCUCACGCUAGACACGAAUACUUGUACACGGAUGGACGAUACGCUCUCAGGGCCCCCGAGUGCACCCCCUGGUACACAACCGACAGCUUCAUCCGUUUCGUACUCCGCUCGGCUAAUGUCACCCAAAGUGAUCCCUUCAAGAUGGACUGGGACAUUGCUCCCCGAACUUUCAACAAGUGGGUCACUGAUGAGAAUAUCGCACGAUUCGCUUUACACGAUAUCCUGAGGGAGUGCAACUUGCCCGGUCGAUCGCUCAACCUGGAUGGUAAUCCGGCUCCGCCGAUGACUUUGCCGGAGGCACAGGAGGAGGAGGUUCGCCAGAUCACAGAGACGGUUAGAUCGGCUUGGGACCCCGCGGUGGCACAGCAUCUCAUCACGUUGGACGAAGCAGAGAUGAGUCCAGAUGUCUCAGCGGCUGAUGCAAUGCGUGGCCUUAGCAUUGAUCAAUCUCAGCCGGCUCAGGGGACUUCUGGUUCGCAACGACCACCAGACUCCCAGAAGGAUAAAGAACCCACGCCACCACCAAACGCCCAGCCAUCAUCAGCCGCAAACAAAGAGAAUCCAGCUCCCCCCAGCAGUGAUCAGUCCGACUUGCCAAUCCCCCGCCGCUCAAAGAAAAAGGCACCCAGGCAACCCUCAACCCCUCCGAGCGAGCCUCAAGAUUCCUCAGUUGGUUCAGGAAAGAAUAGACAACCAACUCCUACGCAGUACUCUGACGAUGAAGAAGAAGAUGAAGAUGAAGAGGAAGACGAAGACGGAGACGAAAGUGCAGAGGAGAGAAACCGCAGGAGGAAAGAGCCCAAGUUUGUGGAUGUGGUGGCUGGAGUGGAUUAG